CUUUCGUCAAGCUCUUCCCCAAACUUCUGAGAAAGCGGAUAUGCUUUCCAAUCUCUCCCAUCUGGCCACCAGACAACCUCCGUUUAUUUAUAUUGUGUGUGAACCAGACCGCACCCAGUCUCACGUAUCUGUUAGUACAUAAGUGCACAAUUUGUGGAUUGCGUUACAUGCAGUAGGCAGGUGGAACCUGAGCGCGUAUGCAGCUCAGCCUUAUAUAGACUCGAUUCUAGAUAUUUAUAUAUAUAUAUAUAUAUAUAUAUAUAUAUCACUGCUUAUGGGCAGUGUGAAGCCUAGGUAACACCACGACGCAAUUCAAUUGAGCCAAAAUGUUUUGGCAGUUUGGAUUCCACGAUUCAUCAACAAUUGAUGCUCUCCUUGAGAAGGAGAAUGUGACGCUCAAAGAGGUUCUGGAUGAAUCGACUGUAAUUCAGGAGACCAAAGGGCAGAACAAGCAGCUUAUAGAGUUCUUGCUGAAGCCUGAAAACUUUACGGAGUUGAUGGAAAUGAUCACUGUCAGUCCUGGGGAAGACGAACCGUUGGAAAUCAGAUACAAAUACCCCAGUGUGGCAUGCGAUGUUUUAUCGUCCGAGGUGAAGCCCAUUUGCGCCGCGUUUUUCGACGCGUCUGAUCGGCUAGAAACGCUGUGGUCGUGUUUCCAACGGCCCCUGCCCAUGCAUCCGCUGGAAGCGUCGUUUAUCACGCGCGUGCUAAUUGCGCUGGUACAAAAGCAGCCCAAUGAGAUGAGCGCGUUUAUCCGCGCCAAGGGAAGCGAGGGCAUCAUCGAUGUCCUGCGGCAUUUGGGUACCAAUGGAGUGCUUGAAUUUGUCAAGAAACUGAUGAACAGUCACGUCAGUUCGGAGAACAAUGAGAUACAACAGUGGUUGUCCCAGUGCGAUUUCGUGGGCACGAUUGUAUCUAUGCUACACGGAGUGGAUCCCAACCUUGUAGCGACAUUCGAUUACGGCACAACGGACGAGGAAGUGAUUGUCAUGACCAUCGCAAAUGCCAGAGAUCUGCUGCUGGAUAUGGUCAACGUCCGCGAAGAACUCAGCAUAGGUCAGUAUGAAGAUACCACCCCCAUGCAGCUGUUGGGCGAGUUGACCAUGCCGCUCACCCUCAAGACACUGACCGACGUCACAUUCCGGGAUCCCGGUUUACUGCCAGGCUCGUUCUCACAGUGCACCAUCGCCGACGGUGUGAAUACUGAGCAAGCGGAUAGUACGCUCGAGGCUAUGGUAGACGACACGGGUAAGGAGAAGGCAGCGGACGAGAGUGCAGAGAAAGAGAGUGCUGAGGCAUCCGGGGAUUUAGUAAUGAUUAGUGCGGGCGAGGGUGUGUCACCCACGGUCAAUGUGGGGGUCGAGGCCGGCAUGACUAUCAUAGAAAAGGUCAUACAUAGGUAU